AAAGUAUCAGUGUAAUACCUGACGUGUGAGACCGGUACCAAACCAGAUCAGAACUAACGUUAGAUCACGCCUCGUCGGUCUGAUAUCCGAUAAACCUCACGACCCACUCGGGACCCAGUCCGGACUGCUCUGGUUCUAGUCCGAUCAUGGCGAGAUCAGAGUGUGACGUCAUCGACUUCUCAGCGCUGCAGAGGGAGCUGCAGGGGGCGCUCGAGUCCGAGCGGCGACAUCAGAGAGAGAACGACGCCAGGCUGAGAGCCGUCAGUCAGAGAGGCUCCUCCUACAGCCACUUCCGAGACCUGGUGCUCACAUGCCACAUGAAGCCUCUGGAGAAGAAGGACAAAGAUGGAGCUCCACGCAAACAGCCCUGGAACCCGGUCGCCGGUCGGGCCAACGAGCCAUGGGCUUAAUUCUACCGUGAUUGUAAUAGAAUGUCUUUCUGUCAAGAUAAAGGAACAGAUUCUUCAUUAAUAUGCAUUCAUUUUCAAUAAUAUACUUUAGAACUUAAAUAAUACAAACAAGGGGAAAUAAUGCUAGCUGCUGUCAGGGAGGAGCAAGUUUGGUCUGUAGUAACAGUCCACGUGUUGUUAACGGCACCAUUAUCCCAGAGCGUAUCUCCUUUAAUUAUAAACUUUAAUAAACAUAUAUCAACAGAC